AAGAAAAAAGAAAAAAAAAGAAGUUUCGAUCCCCUCUCCUCUCUCACUUUCCCGUUUGUUCUCUUCACCCCCAUUCCUCCGGGCUCGCCGUCGCCGACGGGACCUCCUCCACCUCCCGCACAUCCUCACCAACAUCUCCCCAAGACUAAGGCGUAAGGAGGAAGCAAGCGCCCACCUCCCGCCGCCUCCACUGCCACCGCUGUAGCAGCAGUAGCGUACGCAGGAGAUUCAGAACUGUGUGUUGAACACGCGCGUGGCAGGGAUGGACGACGGCGACAGCGUCGCCCGGAGCGCAGACAAGGAUGCCCCCCCGGGAGACGACGGGAGCUCCACGCCCCUCCCCGAGACGAUCCAGAUUGGCAAUUCACCUACCUACAAACUUGACAGAAAGCUUGGAAAGGGAGGAUUUGGGCAAGUAUACGUUGGUCGCCGUAUUUCCACUCCUAGUCUCAGUGACAGGACACCUGGUGCAAAUGCUUUGGAGGUUGCAAUCAAAUUUGAACACCGAACCAGUAAAGGCUGCUGCAGCUAUGGAGCUCCUUAUGAGUGGCAGGUUUACAACACUCUUAGUGGAAUUCAUGGCGUGCCAAGAGUACACUACAAAGGGAAGCAAUCGGAGUACUAUAUCAUGAUUAUGGACAUGUUGGGACCAAGCCUGUGGGAUGUAUGGAAUAAUAAUUCCCACUCAAUGUCUGUUGAAAUGGUUGCUUGUAUUGCUAUAGAAGCCAUUUCCAUACUGGAGAAGAUGCACUCGAAAGGGUAUGUCCAUGGUGACGUAAAACCUGAGAACUUUCUGCUUGGACCCCCAGGCACACUGCAAGAGAAGAAGCUUUUUCUUGUUGACCUUGGAUUAGCUACUAAAUGGAAGGACACUGGUACAGGAGAACUAGUUGAGUAUGAUCAGAGGCCUGAUGUCUUCAGAGGAACCGUUCGGUAUGCUAGUGUGCACGCUCACUUGGGGAGAACUGGAAGCAGGAGAGAUGACCUUGAAUCCCUUGCCUACACACUUGUUUUCCUUCUGCGUGGUCGCCUUCCUUGGCAAGGAUAUCAGGGAGAAAAUAAAGGUUUCCUUGUUUGCAAGAAAAAAAUGGCAACCUCUCCAGAAUCUUUGUGUUACUUUUGUCCACAACCUUUCCGACAGUUUGUUGAGUAUGUUGUGAACUUAAAGUUUGAUGAAGAACCAAAUUAUGCAAAGUGCAUUUCUCUUUUUGAUGGAAUUGUUGGCCCCAAUCCAGACAUAAGACCAAUCAACACUGAUGGUGCUCAGAAGCUUAUAUACCAGGUUGGCCAGAAGAGAGGUCGCCUCAUGAUGGAGGAUGACGAUGACCAACCCAAGAAGAAGAUCAGGAUGGGGAUGCCUGCAACACAAUGGGUUAGUGUUUACAAUGCGAGGCGGCCUAUGAAGCAGAGGUACCACUAUAAUGUUGCAGAUGGUAGGUUAGCACAGCAUAUUUCAAAAGGAAAUGAAGAUGGCUUGUUUAUAAGCUCAGUGGCAUCUUGCUCAAAUUUGUGGGCUCUAAUAAUGGAUGCUGGCACUGGCUUUACUUCUCAAGUCUAUGAACUUUCUCCAUAUUUUCUUCACAAGGAAUGGAUAAUGGAGCAGUGGGAGAAGAACUUCUAUAUCACUGCGUUAGCAGGUGCAAACAAUGGCAGUUCUCUGGUGGUCAUGUCAAGAGGAACACAAUAUGCCCAGCAAUCGUACAAAGUAAGCGACUCGUUUCCCUUCAAGUGGAUAAACAAGAAGUGGAAGGAGGGUUUUUAUGUCACAGCUAUGGCCACUUCAGGAAGCCGAUGGGCAGUGGUCGUGUCCCGGAAUGCUGGCUUUGUAGAUCAGGUUGUGGAGCUUGACUUCUUGUAUCCAAGUGAGGGAGUUCACCGGCGUUGGGAUAGUGGUUAUCGUAUCACUGCUACUGCUGCUACGUGGGACCAGACAGCACUUAUCUUGAGUAUCCCCAGAAGAAAGCCUGCUGAUGAAACGCAGGAAACCCUAAGAACAUCUGCUUUCCCCAGCCAGCAUGUGAAGGAGAAAUGGGCGAAAAAUCUCUACUUGGCCUCCAUUUGUUAUGGAAGAACGGUAUCAUGAGGUCCAUUUUGUUUGACUAGCAUGUAGAGUUUAUUUAACGACUUCCAGGUUUGCGAUUAGAUGAUGGAGUAUUGAAAGGCAAUGGUAUUCCUAAUUCACUCAUAAUUAAUAUAGUUGAUAGAUCAUAGAUGGCAAAGCCUGCUGUGUUUUCUGUUUAUAUAGGUUAAGAGUGUAUGUUGUGGUGCUGUGUUGUUGUAUUCUAUUGUCCAUAGAAUGUCAAAAAUUGAUAUGAUCUAAAAUGUAGCCCAUCAUGCAUAUAGUUCAAAUUAGAUAUUUUGCCCUUGAGGUAUGCAGUAAAAUUGUACAAACUUGGA